AUGAUACGAGUGGUCAACACCCCCACGGCCGAUGCGAAGAUGAAGGAGCUGAUUAAGGGGAUUCUCGAGCCCGCGGAGGUAGCCUUUCUACGGUCCCAUAUUGACGCUACCAAGAACUGGUUGGAAGAGGUGAAGGAGCGCGAGUAUGGGUUCGAGGAGCGACGCGACUGGGGCAACCACCUUCUGGUUGAGUUGCAAGAGUUGAGACCCUCGCCGCCACUGCCACUGGCGCCCUCCCAUGCGUCCCGGGGGUCCACGACCGAGCAGGAGGCACGGGAGGCGAGCCCAUCCGCAGGCGCUGCUGGUGCCGCUGCGUCGGAUGUCGCUGCUGCAGCCGCUGCUGCCUCACAUGCCGCUGCUAAUGCUGCUGGUGCGGCGGAAGCUGUGGUGGCGGUUGCAGAUGGUCGCCCCCCUUUCCACCCUUCCAUUGCCGCCGUCCACCGCUCCCGUCUGCUGAAGCCCGACGCCGCGGCUGCCCACACUUCUGUCUCACCACCCUCCCCUCCUCCCCCCCACCCAUUCUCCCACUCUUGUGCGCCCUGGCAAGUUGUCUCCACGCUAGAGACCACCCAUUCGGCGGUUCGCUGUGCUCUGCGGGAUAGCGGCUGCUGUGGACCAUCUGGUUCACCCAUGCUGGGCGAAGCGUUGGGGGCCUCAUCGACAGCACCAGUGGAGGAAAUGGAUACCGAAGCAGUCCCGGCAGCUUCGGCUCCUUGCCCCCAUGAAGGAGACGUUCCACUCUGGUCCGCCCACUUCCCCCUACUUUCCCGACCCACCCACCCGGCCCCCCUUGUAUUGCCUACCCCCGCUCCUGCCCCAGACACCCUCCAAGCUGCCCCUCCCUGUGCCCCCCACAGUUGCCACUCCCCUUCUCCUCCGCCUGGCCCCGCCUCUUCACUGCCCCUUCCCCUUCCCCUGCCCCUUCCCCUUCCGCUCCCGCCUCCCUUCACCACACCCCAUCCAUGUCCGCCCCUGUUGCCCCACCCACUGGUUCCAUUGCCACUGCAUUGGGUCCGCGAGCCAGCACCACCACCACCGUUUCCUGCGUCGCACCCGUUCCUGCCCCCUCCACCCGCAAGCGUUUCCCAUUCUCCUGCCCGUCCUACGUCCCAUUCCCCCCGUCCGUCUCUUCUCCUCCCUGCCACAUCCCCGUGCUCUGGAUGUGAUGAACCGCGAGUUGGAGCAGCAGCAGGCGGAGCAUGGGGAGCAGCGGCAGCGGCAACAGGAGAAGCAGCGGGGGGAGCUGCGGCAGCAGCAGCGGCAGCAGGGGGCUGA